AAGAGCAGCGGAGCCUCGGCGGUUCGCCACAUUUCUCUCCUGAUCCCGAGCAGAGAAGCAGAAUCAUGGCCAGAACCAAGCAGACCGCCCGUAAGUCCACCGGAGGCAAAGCCCCCAGGAAGCAGCUGGCCACCAAGGCAGCCAGGAAGAGCGCUCCGGCUACCGGCGGCGUGAAGAAGCCUCACCGCUACAGGCCCGGUACCGUGGCUCUGAGGGAGAUCCGUCGCUACCAGAAGUCGACGGAGCUGCUGAUCCGCAAGCUGCCCUUCCAGCGUCUGGUCCGAGAGAUCGCUCAGGACUUCAAGACCGACCUGCGCUUCCAGAGCUCCGCCGUCAUGGCUCUGCAGGAGGCCAGCGAGGCCUACCUGGUGGGUCUGUUCGAGGACACCAACCUGUGCGCCAUCCACGCCAAGAGGGUCACCAUCAUGCCCAAAGACAUCCAGCUGGCCCGCCGCAUCCGCGGAGAGAGAGCUUAGAGGCUGCAGCUCCAACAAACACACAACGGCUCUUUUAAGAGCCACACACACCCAGUUUAACAGCUCUUCCUGUUGCGUCUUAAACUUUCCUGCUUUAUACAGACAAAUCUGGAGAAUUUUUUUUUUCUGUUCACACAGAUCUACAAGUUUACUUUUGUCCUAAAUAAAAUAAGCUGUUUUAUCUUAUAUCACCACCAUUGUGCAUAAAAACUGAAUGUUGAUCCAUAACUUCAAGCCUGAAUCUGAUUUCUGUAGAAAUAAAGUUGUUUUAUUUCUUU